AUGUGGAGAACACUUUGCUCCUCCCUAAGCGCCAACCUAGCAGAAGAGACCCGAGGUGCGGAUACCACUAUCCCAAUGUCAGGCCAUUCAGCUACUGCCUGGCUCGACACGGUGUUAUCGGGUCGGGACAACCACCCGGAUUCUGUGGCAGCAGAUUCGAGCCCACAUUCCAAGCGCCGUCGACUUCAGCCACCGACGCCCGAAACACCCCAGGCAAGGACUGAUGAUGGCACCCUGAUUGCCCCCGAACUAGAAGCACCCAAUCAGCACCUACCCGACACUCAUGAAGAGCCCCAGACGUCUCAUAGCCACGACCGCCAGCAGACAGCACCAAUAGACUCAAGCUCUCCACCCCCUGCCCUUCCAAGAGAGGAUGACGAAUCCGACAUAUCAGACGACUCCUGGAUAGUCAGCGCGGAUGAUCAGCGGUUUAGGGUAAAGAAACGCGAAAUCGACAUGCUCGAUCCAGUACCACCAUCCCUAGAAGCUUUACUGAAGAAAAUCCGAGAAUUCAGCAAUGGGGUGGGCAUUCUACCGUCUUCAGCACGACGCCGCUUCAACAAGCUCAAGGACAAACAGAUGGAGUGGGCCAGGCAUGGAUCCAAGAGCAACAAACACUACUCUAAAGAACGACAGGGUCUUGGGGAAAUUGUCUCCCUAGAAGAAGUACGCAAGAUCGUCUUCAGAAAUGUCCAUUAUUCCUACAUCGAGGAUCCUCACGGUUGGAGGGCCAACAUGGACAUGGGAGUCAACAACCGAGUUCUUAGCUUGGCCUUUGAACGGCCGGAUGGGUACUGUACUAUGCUGAAUCCUCUUCAGAUUUCCAUGGCAUCUAUUUCUGAUAAGUUCAAUAAAGGUUUUGGCGAUGAAGGAAUGGUUGAUUUCUGCAUCUACCUUUACCUCGACAGCGAACGCUAUGCGAAGGAAAGGAAUGAGAUUGAUCGACUUUAUGAAAGCCCUGCAGGUACCAGAAUCAACCACACGAAUUUUGAACCCCUUACACAUUUCCCACUCGCCCUAAGCAUCAACACUAGGGGUGAUGUACUAGACCUUGGGGCGUGGGAGGCUGCACGGUGGGCAUGCUUACGAAGUUUGAUGAAGGAUUGCACUGUCGAUGCUUGGGAAGGAGACCCGAAGCCCAGCCUGCCUGAAUUUCUCCCGGCAAUUCUUGUUGAAGACAACGAUUGGGACUUUGUCGUAACCACGCACGAGGGGGGAAACACGACUAUCUGGCACCAGAUCAAGAUGGGAUCCACUUCGAGCAUGCAGGGGGUUUACCAAAUAAUUGCCUGUCUGCAUCUUCUGAGAGUGGGCAGAGGAUGUCUUUUGGCCAUGGCUCAGCGAUCUGCUUCUCGAGUCACGUCCGAGCUAUCGUGCCCAGAGAUUCACGCGAUCUAGGCCAAUGUCCGCAGAGCGAUAUUAUGGAAGGGGGCGGCGAGGGUCAUCUGUAACAGAUAUUAGCUUGUAGGUUGCGGUAUUUUACGGUUUGGAGUUCU